CCUGCUUCCCCGAGCAGUUAGUUCAUGUAUUUUGCAGCAGGGCAGAGCAGAUGGCAGCAAGGCGGUGCGGAGACUGUUUGAUAAUAACAGAGAAGGACUGACUUUGAUAGUACAGUCAAAACAGUCCACAUGAAUAAACCGGAUACUGGAGCGAAUAUACGCCCGACCGACGGGAACUUCUAAUGGAAAUAUAAUAACAUUAUUCACUCUCUAAAAAGCCUUGCACUUACAUUUGCUGGCAGACAGAUAAUUCAAUAUCAUUUCUCACUCUCAAGGGAUUAAAGGUAUUUUUCUCUGACUGUAUUUUUCGCGAAGGCAAAAUGCGGGUGAAAUCUAGAGACGAGAGUUUGAAUACUUCUGGGGAAUGUGACGGAUCCAAUGACUUGCUGACAGGUAACCCUCCCUCAGGCCAGAGCAGAAAGAACAUGAAGCAGCGCUUCCUCAAACUUCUGCCCUGCUGUCAUGUGGACUCCACACCAACCGUCAGGCAAAACAGUAUAGAAGAGGAUUUUGAGCUUGCCACUGUGUGCUACAGGCCGGAUAGUCUGGAAAAAAUGAUGGAGCAGACCAAAUUCUCUAAAACAGAGCUACAAAUCCUCUAUAGAAGUUUCAAAAGUGAAUGUCCCUCUGGAUUAGUAAAUGAAGAGACUUUUAAGUUAAUCUACUCUCACUUUUUUCCUCAUGGAGACUCUAGCGCAUAUGCACAUUUCCUGUUUGAGGCUUUUGACCGACACAAAAAUGGAGCAGUAAGCUUUGAGGAUUUUGUGGUUGGCCUGUCAAUCAUCUUGCGUGGUACCGUCACUGAUAGACUUGGCUGGGCCUUUAGUUUGUAUGAUCUUAAUAAAGAUGGCUGCAUCACUAAAGAGGAGAUGAAUGAUAUUAUGAAGUCUAUUUAUGAUAUGAUGGGGAAGUACACGCAUCCGUGUAUGAAGGACAGCGCAUCGAGAGAACAUGUGGAAAGUUUCUUUCAGAAAAUGGAUCGCAACAAUGAUGGUGUCGUCACGAUGGAGGAGUUCCUGGAAUCGUGUCAAAAGGAUGAGGCCAUCAUGGAGUCCAUGCAGAUGUUGGAUCACGUAAUUUAGCUCUGCACAACGAUCUUUGGACAUUUUUUGAGAACAGCAACAGUGUUUGAGCUGUUGUGGCGUCUGCCUGAUGACUCCCUCCAUCUUGCACCUACAAAAAAAAA